AUACAAGUAACAUUGGAAAAAUUUGUAGGGUUUCAGAGCAAAUAAAGAUCUUAUAUAGCUUCAAAAAUCAGUUUCAAACCUUCCAUUGAAGCAAAUUAAGUCAUGAAACGCUACGGAAUGUGAACCAGAGACAAAUGAGAGACGGACCAUCAGUUUCACAUUCAAGUAAUCCACUAGAGUUGAAACGAUGUUCCGAAUUCGAAGAGAAAAAAAAAAUUCACAAAAAAAACUUGAGCGAUAAAAGUUACAAAAUUAGUUUUAGACAGGAAUAAGUGACAAUUUAAGUACGUUUUAUGUUUUAUUUAAUUGACAACAUAUUGUGGAAUAGUGUAUGAUAGAAAUAUUAGGAUCCCUAUAGUGCAAGCCGCCACAUACAUACAUUUUUCAUUCUCGCAGUGCCACAUUUUUUGACGACAAACAACAAGAAAUAAAAUUUUAUUACAACAACUCUCAUUGACAACCUAUACUCUAAUUAAUAAGCAUAUAAAUCAAUCAAAAACUAAUAAAAUGGAAGCAAUUGCAAAGCAUGACUUUAAUGCGACCGCUGAGGAUGAGUUGAGUUUCCGUAAACAGCAAGUAUUGAAGAUCCUUAAUAUGGAGGACGACAUGAAUUGGUAUCGAGCCGAACUAGACGGAAAAGAAGGCUUAAUUCCAAGUAAUUAUAUAGAAAUGAAAAAUCAUGAUUGGUAUUAUGGUCGAAUCACGAGAGCUGAUGCCGAGAAACUUCUGUCCAAUAAACAUGAUGGUGCAUUUUUGAUUCGAAUCAGCGAAUCAAGUCCCGGAGACUUUUCUCUAUCAGUAAAAUGCUCGGAUGGCGUUCAGCAUUUCAAAGUGUUGCGCGAUAAUCAAGGAAAAUUCUUUUUAUGGGUCGUUAAGUUUAAUUCUCUUAAUGAAUUAGUUGAAUAUCAUCGUACGGCAUCAGUGUCACGUUCACAGGAUGUUAAAUUGCGCGAUAUGGUCCCCGAGGAGAUAUUGGUGCAAGCUUUAUACGACUUUACAGCACAAGAGAGCGGUGAACUUGAUUUUAGACGAGGCGACGUAAUAACAGUGACAAAUCGAUCUGAAGAGCACUGGUGGACAGGCGAAAUUGGUUCACGUAAAGGACUCUUUCCUGCGAUUUACGUCACACCAUACCGUUCUAACACAUAAGAUCCAUGAUGCAUUUAUUUCCAUUCGACCCUUGAUUAUUUCUUUGCCCUUGAUAUUAAUACUGUAUUUCUAUGACAUAAUUGACAUGAUAACACCAAUAAUCACCAGCAUCAUCUGAAACAAAACUGAAAGCUACGACGACGACGACAACAACAACAAAUUGUUAAUUAAUUAUUGUUUUUUGCAUUAGUGAAGUGAAUUAGAAACGCGCGUGUGAGAGAGAAACAAUAACUUACAUUUUAUAUAUUAUAAACUGAAAAAAAAGCAACAAUGAAUAAUACCGAUAAUACCAAACAAUGCAAUUUCCUCUGAAAACUAUUUAAAAUAGAGAUAUCGCGUAUUUCAUCAUUUUUAAUCACGGCUCAAAAGUUUUUUAUGUACUCUACGAGUGGUAAUGAGUCGAAUAACAGCCCGUGACCUUGAAAUGGAAUAAGAUAAAACAAACAUUGGGUCGUGUAUUGCUCCCCACAAAUUUUUCAAUUCAGUGUUCUGUAUUUUAAAUACAUGCAAAACAUAUGCGCGUGAUGGAAAAUGAUGGAUUAUCUGUGUGUAUUUUUAUUAUUUCUUUUUCGGUAAAAAGAGACGAAGAAAAAAAAAAUGACGUGAAAACGCAGAAAUAACAGAAACGUUUAUGAGAUAAAGAUAAAGAGUGUUGACAAGUUGGACGGAGAUUGAAGUAGAGGCGCAUUUUCGAUGAGGCUGAAAUGAGCAAGAAUGAAUCUUCAAAGUUUGAGUGAUAACGGCUUUCUGAAGUUUGAAUUUUGGCUGUUUUUUUGGAAAAUGCUGAAAUUUUAACUGUUGUGAGGUUUUGAGUUUUCGAAAUUUUACGGUUAUGAAAAUUUUAAAUUUAAACGGAUUUUGUAGAGUUCAAAAAUGAACUCAAAUGAAACCAACUGAAGUGAACUACUGAACGACCAACAAGAACCAAAAGAACUUUUUAAAAAAAAAUUAACGGAUUUUUGAAAAUACUGGAAAUAUUUUUUGAAAAUUGACGAAUUUAGGUUUUGUUUCAACGAUUUAAAUCCAGUUCUUCCUGCUUAAAGUUAAACGUAAAUGUUUUGUUGGUUAUAAAUUCUGUAAAUUAAAGUGGAUUGUGUUGAAAUACUAACUUAAGCUUCAAAUUAGAAAUCAAAGUCGAUAGUGACAGCCACAAAUCAUUCAGAAUAAAGAUCCAGCCAUUCUUAAAGUGGCCACAAACUCAACACAGCUCAUUCGAAAGUGCGGCUUAGAAAAUAUCUUACGAAUCCUAAAUAAUCUGGUAUUAAUUCAGUGCAAUUCUUCCAAACAUAUAAUAUAUAUAUAUAUAGAGACUUUAUGAAGCAUCAUAAAAAGAUAGAAACAGGAAAUUUUUUUCGGGCAUUAAUCUUUUAUAACUUAUUGGGGUCAAUGAUCAUCAUUAAUGAAUAUAUUUCUUCCCUCCUUAACGACUCGAUUGAUAUAAGAUAAUUUUUGAUUUUUUUCUAAAGAAAAAUGAAAUGGAGCCAUAUAUAUUAUUAUAUGAUAUAAAACAACACUUUUUUGUGUAAUUUUUUAUAUUCUUUUAAAAUGUAUUUAUUUUUAAAGAAGGUGUGCGAACACAGAGACACAUGUGGACUUAUUUUCUCAUUUCUUGGAGGAUUUUGUUAUUUUUAUGUCAGCCAGAUGCUCGACUAAUUUCCUUCAAAUCUACAAGAUAAUCGCAACAAUUUCUCUUUUCUUAAAAAAAUUAAAUUGAUGGAAAAUUUUCAGUAGUUGAGAUCGAUUAUGUUCAAUGCCAAGGGCUAAUUCAGUGAUUAUUUAUCAUUAAAAUUUAUGAAUUUGAGAUAUUUUGACGUAAAUGUCAAGGAUGUUUAAGAGAAAAUUUCGCCCUCAGACUUCCAUUAAAAUGAAAAUACACUUGAGCUUGUGAAAACUCAUUUAAAUUUGAAUUGAUUUACAUGAUUUAUUCUAACACAGGCAGUUUAUGUGCUUGUGGGAAUGUUAAUACAGCACAUAAGCUAUUGUUUGUUGUUUGAAUGGAUUUUCAAUGAUUUUUGAUGGAUGGAAAUAAAUUGAAUUUUUAACGGUUUUUGAAAUUUGAAUUUUAACGGCUAUUUAAAAUUUGAAUUGUAGCUGUUGUAUGGUUUUGAAGAAAAAUUUG